AUGGGCAAGAAAAUCGUCUUCAACAUCUCGUCCGAGUUCCAGCUUCAACAGCUGCUCGGUGAGGGCGCGUACGGAAUCGUGUGCAGCGCACUCCACUUGCCCACAGGUCAAAUGGUGGCAAUCAAGAAAAUCGAGCCCUUCGACAGAACGCUUUUCUGUCUGCGCACACUGCGGGAAAUCAAACUUCUAAGGUGCUUUCAGCACGAAAACAUUAUCUCAAUUUUAGACAUCCAGAGACCGGCCUCUUUCGAGACUUUCAAUGAGGUAUACAUAAUUCAAGAGCUCAUGGACACAGAUCUCCAUCGGGUAAUUGCCACGCAAACGCUGUCGGACGAUCACAUUCAGUAUUUCGUGUACCAGAUCCUGCGCGGGUUGAAAUGCUUGCACGCAGCAGAAGUGAUCCACCGCGACCUGAAGCCUUCGAAUCUACUCGUGAACGCCAAUUGUGACGUCAAACUGUGUGAUUUUGGUUUGGCAAGGUGCGCUGGCGCCGGUGCAGGAGGGUCGGGGAAGAAAAACGGCGACUGUGGGCAAAUGACCGAAUACGUGGCUACACGAUGGUACAGAGCGCCUGAGGUUAUGCUUACGGCGGCAGAAUAUACGUUUGCCAUGGACGUGUGGUCUUGUGGGUGCAUCUUAGCGGAACUUUUGAUGCGUAGGCCGUUGUUCCCGGGCAAGGACUACCGUCACCAGCUGUUGUUGAUAUUUCAGGUGAUUGGAUCGCCGUCGUCGCGAGAUCUGGAAUGCGUGCGUUCCACACGGGCUUUGCAGUAUCUGAGCUCGUUGCCGUACUACCCGAAGAAACACUCAUUUAAAGAACUACUCCCCACGGCGAACCGUGAGGGAAUCGACCUUUUGGAACGAAUGUUGGUGUUCGAUCCACGGCGACGAAUCAGUGCGGCAGACGCUUUGAAACAUCCAUAUUUAAGCGCGUAUCACGACCCUCACGACGAACCAGCUGCGAUCAAAGUGGAUCCCGAGUUGUUUCGGUUUGACGAGCGCAAAGACCGUCUGGGCGCGGGCGAUCUGAAACGGUUGCUGUGGGACGAGAUCUUUGGUGCACGAAGCGCCAAGUGUGUGUGA